AUGGUGGCUGAGCGAGCCCACAAAACGGCAGCCGCCGGUGCCCGCGGCCCUGGGGAGCUGGGCGCGCCCGGGAUGGUGGUGCCGGCGGCUGCGCCGACCGAGCGCUGCGCGCGGCUGCCGAACCCGGGGUCUUGCGGGCUGCUUGCGCUAGUUCUCUGCUCGCUGGCACUCAGCCUGCUUGCCCACUUUCGGACGGCGGAGCUGCAGGCCCGGGUGCUGCGCCUGGAAGCCGAGAGCAGGGAGCAGCACAUGGAGACGGCUAUUUUGGGACGAGUCACCCAACUGCUGGACGAGAAAUGGCAGUUCCACUCACGGCAGCGCCGAGAAGCCCCGAGCAUGUCUUCAGGAUGUAAUUGCCCACCAGGACCUCCUGGUCCCAGUGGCAGACCUGGUCUCCCGGGAAACAAAGGUGCCAUUGGGAUACCUGGACGUGUGGGUGCACCAGGAGAUGCCGGGAUGUCCAUCAUUGGUCCAAGAGGCCCCCCUGGCCAGCCGGGCACACGAGGUUUUCCUGGGUUUCCGGGUCCCAUUGGGUUAGAUGGAAAACCGGGCCACCCAGGACCCAAAGGGGAAAUGGGUCUGAUGGGCCUCCGAGGACAGCCGGGACCUCAGGGACAAAAGGGAGAAAAGGGUCAGUGUGGAGAGUACCCGCACCGGGAGAACCUCAGAACCACUCUAGCAGCUCUGCGUUCCAACCAGAUAAUUGCCCUGAAGCUGCUGCCUCUCCUCAAUUCAGUGCGGCUGGCUCCACCCCCCGUCAUAAAAAGACGGACCUUCCAGGGUGAACAGGGCCAGGCCGGCGUCCAAGGACCACCAGGACCACCAGGCCCCCCUGGACCAAGUGGACCUCUGGGGCAUCCAGGGCUACCAGGGCCCAUGGGGCCACCCGGCUUACCUGGGCCUCCUGGAUCAAAGGGAGACCCUGGGAUCCAAGGCUAUCAUGGCCGAAAGGGAGAGCGGGGCAUGCCGGGGAUGCCGGGCAGACACAGAGUGAAGGGCACACCUGGGAUUGCUGUGGCUGGGAUGAAGGGCGAGCCAGGAACCCCAGGAGCCAAGGGUGAGAAGGGGAAUGCGGGCUCCUCUGGGCCCCCUGGCCUCCUGGGACAGAAGGGCGAGAAAGGCAGUGCUGGCAACGCCAUUGGAGGAGGCCGAGGAGAGCCUGGGCCUCCAGGACUCCCUGGGCCCCCAGGGCCAAAGGGAGAAGCUGGUAUGGAUGGUCCCCCAGGAAGGCGAGGAGACAAGGGGGAGCCUGGAGCAGCUGGAGAACAGGGACCAGCUGGCCCCAAGGGCUUCAAGGGAGAACCAGGCAAAGGGGAGAUGGUGGAUUACAAUGGAAACAUCAAUGAAGCUCUCCAGGAGAUCAGAACUCUGGCCUUGAUGGGCCCACCUGGUCUUCCAGGACAAAUUGGCCCACCUGGUGCUCCGGGGGUUCCAGGCCAGAAGGGGGAGAUUGGACUACCAGGCCCUCCGGGACAUGAUGGGGAAAAGGGACCUCGAGGCAAACCAGGAGACAUAGGCCCCCCUGGUCCACAAGGACCUCUGGGAAAGGAUGGGCCUCCAGGAAUGAAGGGAGAAGACGGCCUCCCAGGCAGUCCAGGAGAGAAGGGAGAGAGAGGGGAGAUGGGCCACGCAGGCGCCCCGGGAGAGAAAGGAGAAGCUGGGGAGAAGGGUGACCCAGGCGUGGAGGUUCCUGGGCCACCAGGGCUAGAGGGGCCUCCCGGACCUCCCGGGCUUCAAGGUGUUCCUGGACCAAAGGGGGAAGCAGGACUAGAUGGAGCAAAAGGAGAGAAAGGUGUCCAGGGAGAAAAAGGAGACCGAGGGCCUCUGGGAUUACCCGGAGCUUCAGGUUUGGACGGCAGGCCUGGGCCACCGGGUACUCCAGGACCAAUUGGAGUUCCGGGACCCGCAGGACCAAAGGGCGAGAGGGGCAGCAAAGGCGACCCUGGGAUGACAGGACCAACGGGAGCAGCUGGGCUUCCUGGUUUACACGGACCACCCGGGGACAAAGGAAACCGGGGGGAGAGGGGGAAGAAAGGCUCUAGAGGGCCUAAAGGGGAUAAGGGAGACCAAGGAGCGCCUGGAUUAGAUGCCCCCUGUCCAUUGGGUGAAGAUGGGCUCCCAGUUCAGGGCUGCUGGAACAAGGUCUCCCCAGCAGCACCCACGGGCCUGAUCCCGCCCUAA